GUUUAGCGGCGGGCGCAGCGGGGUCCGGGCCGGCGCGCUCUCGCCUCCUUCCGACGCCCCCGCCCAGGUCCGUGAGGGAGCGAGAGCGGGAGCUCAAGGCCGGGCCGGGGGGCGCCCAGCCCAGCCGCGAGGAGCGGGACCAUGUCGGGCCAGGAGGAGGAGCGGGCCAAGGAAAUCCUGAGGGGGUUCAAGCUAAAUUGGAUGAAUCUCCGUGAUGCAGAAACAGGGAAAAUUCUCUGGCAAGGAACAGAAGACCUCUCCGUCCCUGGAGUAGAGCACGAAGCUCGAGUUCCUAAGAAAAUUCUGAAAUGCAAGGCUGUAUCUCGGGAGCUAAACUUUUCCUCGACUGAGCAGAUGGAGAAAUUCCGACUGGAACAGAAAGUGUAUUUCAAAGGACAGUGUCUAGAAGAAUGGUUCUUUGAGUUUGGCUUUGUGAUUCCCAACUCAACAAACACUUGGCAGUCCUUGAUAGAGGCCGCACCUGAGUCACAGAUGAUGACCGCUAAUGUUCUAUCUGGGAACGUUAUCAUAGAAACCAAGUUUUACGACGACGACCUCCUCGUCAGCACGUCAAGAGUAAGACUGUUCUACGUUUGAAAGAAGGCCCCGGCAGGGUUUAGUUCUCUCCCCUCUCACCUGGUUCCUGGUGCCGAAUCCCCAGCCCACACCCAAAGAAGUGUCCCGUGGAAGAAUCUCUGUGUGUGUGUGUCUCUCUUCCCGUAGGCGCUCAACCCGGGGACCAGCUCGGUGCAAGUUGCAACCUUGGCCCAUUCUCUCUGCUCUUCUGCCUGGAUGAGGCCGAGCCACAACACGGCAUGUCACCAUCUGCUCAGAAUGGGGUGGGGGGUAGAGGAGGGAUUGAGGACUCUGUUUCAUUAGAGACCCAAAUGGGCAUGAAGGAUCAAGACUGUAAAUUAUGUUUAGGUUUUUUAAAAAUCCUUUGUACGUCUCUGUAUCUUAGUACCCAAGCUUCCCCUCCUUGGCAGGCUGGAAAAACGCUUAGUUCUCCAUUGUUCUGUUUGUCGGUUCGGUUUUAAGUUAACUCUCUCGCUCCUUCUCCCUUCGUAUCUCUCUGUCUCUGUCUUCUUCUCUUUCUUAAUUCAUUCCAUCUCUUUAUUUCUACAUAGGGGGGCCCAAACAUCGUCACGACCCUCCCCCACCCUGUUGCUCCUUAAACUUGUAAAAUAGACUGAUAUUAUUACAUAAUGUAAUUAAAAUAAAACAUUUCUGAAUUAAAAAGCAAACAUUCCUACCACUCAGAGGUCCAGGCGAGAUUUUAAUCCUCUCUGGCUCAUCCCCUCCUUGACAAAAACUAUUUGCAGGCCAGAGACUGGCAUGGUGCAGGGUGUGAAUGGAGGGGGUUUUUUCUCUGCUUAGAUGAGCGGGGAGGCUUGCAAAGGAAGGAUAACCGCUCCUUCAUAUACCAGAGAGGUUGAAGAUGGGUUGCAGAGCACCUGCCUUGCAUCCAGAAGCCCCCAGGUUCAAUCCCUGGCUGCGUCUCCAAGUAGGGAUGGGAAAAGACUCCCUGGAUUGCUGCUGCCAGUCAGUGCCGAGGACAUAGAACUAGUUACACCAGCGGCCUGGCUUCUGUUGGGUAGCUUGCUCUGUCAGCGGAAGGCUGGCCAUCGCUUGACCUCAGUGCCUUGGAGAACUUUCCACCUGCGAAGGUGGGUGCAUAUUGGGACACAUUGCCUAGAGCAUAGAAAGAAACAGGACAGGUAGAGCAAACAUAUUAGGUCUGUCUUUGGCAGCCUGGGCCCUCCAGAGACUUAUGGGCCACAAUUCCCAACAGGAGUUGAGGGCCGCCAAGUGCUGUGGAGCAACAAUUUGGUACAGCCCUUGAACUCAGGCUUCUCAGCUUGAAGUUAAGUGCUUUUGCUUUUCUAUCCCAGCAGGAAGGCAUCCAGGUAAGAUGUAAGGUGGACCGUUGCUCCUUUCUGAAGGACAAGCCAUGCUCAGGGCAGGAAGUUGGGAGCCCUAAUGGCCACAGCUUGUUCUUCCUUUUCCUUUUGGAAAUACCACUGCCUUGCCCACAGACCUCACCUCCCUUCGUGUUCUGUAGGCCCUAGGCAGCUUUCUAAAAGGGGCAAGAAGGGUGGCACGCUGGUAUCAGUUGCGCUGGUAACUUAAGUACAAGCACAUUUCUUUAUCUGAAAACUUUCUAUGACCCAUUGGUAGAGCCAUUUGUCUCUUGCAUCUCUCAUCUCUACGUAAACUUGGCGCAUUGCCCUCUUUCCCGGAAUCUCACCUGCUUCAGAGAGAAUGUAGAAUUCUUCGGCGCUGGGGAAGGCUGGCUAGAAAGGGGACGGAUCAGAGCUUUGCCUUUUGCAGACACACUUGGACAGGCUGUGGAACGAGGGGCUGGUUGUUGGCGUGUGAACUCCCCAGGGCCAUUAAUUAACAUUUUUGUGGCACACCAGAAGUUCAGCUACUGGCACACGCUUUAACCAGUUGUUACCCUGCUUCCCCCCCCCCCCUUUAGCAUUAAACACUUUUUUUUAAAAAAAACCAGUCGAAACAAUAAAAUUGAAGUAGUAAGACAAACAUGUUGCCAACUCUUAACUCCUCCAGCUGCCUUUCUCCCCCCCCCCAUCUCAGGUGGUGGAACAAGAAACAGGCUCAGCUGUGCUGUGCUGGGGGAAAGGCGUCUUACUCUAGAGGUGCUCCAAAUAGCUUAAGUGCUCAAGUGGGUGGAGGGGGCAGGCGCAGCUGCGGCAGGAGCGCUGCCGCCAGGUCAGAGCGCCUAGGGAAAACAUGCAGGGGAAGGUUAUUCUUUUGAGACCUGCAAGAGCAGAAUAGCCACCUGUCACAGUGGCCGAGAGAGGUACCCCAAUGAGAAACCCAAAAAGUGCAACAGCCCUGUCCCCUGAUAGCAUCGAGCACUGAGACCAUAAACACACUGAGACCCAUUGCACAGAGCGUAUCUCCAAGGGCCCCCGUUGCAGAAAUGAAGGCAGGGGGGUCUUGCAUAGCAGCGGUUGUGUCUUUGUGGUGCAUUGUGUGCCCUCAGCCUUCUGAAGCCUGAGUAUCCCACCACAGCGAGGCGGGCUCCUCUGUGGCUUUCUAGAGGUGGCUACGUAACUCUCCCCUGCUCUCGUCGGUUCCUAUAGAAACUGCUUCCCCGGGCGACUUGCCUCCUUAGAGGGCUGCUGCCUUAGUUCCACGCUGUUGCCAUGGCGCUGCCGUUGCAACAGUCCCAUCGGAGAUUCAGGCGGGAGCAGCUGUUUGUGGGCCUGGGUCACUGGGUGAGUUCCAGAAAUAACACCCGUGUGCAUGUACAGAGGGGGCAGCUAGGGCAGUUGCCUCCAUUAAGCCCUCGUGAGUUACCUUCCCUGCGGCAUCUAAGUGGCCAGUGUUGGAAAGACAGAGCUGGACCACGUGGUCUGGCUGAUCCAGCAAAAGCAAGGAAGAUAGACAGAAAAGCGAUCAGGA